GGUCAAACACAACCAGUUAUAAUCGGAGAAUCGACAGAACAUUUUUUCAAAUACUUUUAUUCUUUUUCUAACACGGAGGCUCGCUUCCAAGUUCUAUAAUUAUAAUCAGUCAUCAAUAUGAAGCUCGCUGCUGUUACCACCCUCUUCUUCGUCGCUGCUGUCUUUGCCGCCGAUGAAAAGAAAGAAGAACAUCCAAAGACUUUUAGAAGACUCAUCCCUGCUGAUGUCCUUCGUGAUUUCCCUGGAAUGUGUUUUGCCUCCACGAGAUGUGCGACAAUCGAACCAACAAAAUCUUGGGAGCUUUCUCCAUUCUGUGGACGUUCAACUUGCGUCCCAGCUGAAGACAACUCAGGUCGUUUGUUCGAACUGGUAGAAGAUUGCGGACCAUUGCCAAAGCCCAACCCCAAGUGCAAGCUUUCCGAAAAAACCAACAAGACCGCCAGUUUCCCUGACUGUUGUCCAAUUUUUGACUGCGAGGAUGGAGCCAAGCUUGAAUAUCCAGAAAUUCCAACAAUCCCUCCUCCAACUGAAGGUGACGAAAAAGAAAAACCAGUCCCCAACGCUUAAAACGACAAAAAAGUCAUCUCAACAUUGAUUUUUAUUCUUCAGCUACGUCGAAAUAGACUCUCAAGAUAAAAAGAUAAAUAAAGCGAUAAAUAGUCCCCGAAAUUCGCAAUAUAUUCCUAGCAUCUCAAGAUAUUGAGAAAAAAGUCUAAUAUAUCGACAGGCAUUAAAAAUUGCAAAAAAAAAGUUCAAGGGGAAAAAAGAAGGCCGUGUGAACCUACUUCCAUUCGCCGUCCAGUAAUUAUUCCCAGGGUGUCAGCUUCAGGGCCGCCGGAAUGAAAUUCUUGAAAAUUAAUAACUAAUUAAAAUCUUGAAAACUGAUUUGGAAUUAAAUUAUGGCCCUAACUAGAGGAAGAUUCAAAGAAUUGUACAUAAGACGAGAAUAGUACUUGCUCUCCCGCAAUAACGAAAAGCUUCCUUUCCCGCACCAAGAUGCGUUAGAAAUUAAGAAAUUAAGUCUACAAAUAUUUUUCCUAUCACUAUUUUUAUACUGCAAGAUAUGUGACGUUUACAAAUAAAAUAAAAUUAGAGGCACGAUAGAACUUAAAGAGAGAGCUUUCACGUGGACCUAGUCGCGGCGGGUUAAGAGCAAGAUUUUCUACGUAGAUUCAGUGUUUUUUUCAUCUUCAUUUUGCUUUUUUUAAUAUGUACACGAAAGCCGUCCAACUGGUAUAAGUAGAAAAAAAGUGAUUAUAAUUUUAUGUGAUCAAAUUAAAAUAAGUAUUUAAGCAAAAA